CUCGAGACUUCCUCUGAUUUUCACACUUUCACCACUUGUAGUGAUUUUAUGCCAAACCAAUAUACCUUUAAAUGAUUAAUAAGUCAUGGAUUGGGACGAAGAGUUUAAUAGUUACAGAUAUGACAGCGAUAAGUACGAGAAGAAGAGGAUUAAAGUACUUCAGAAGGAACGGGAAUACAUACAGACAAAGACAUUCACAAAAUGGAUUAAUUCAAUCCUCAUUAAUGCUUUUUUGGAAGUAAAUAACAUAUUUGUCGAUCUAUCGGAUGGUAUAAUACUUUUAAAAUUAUUAGAAAUAAUUAGCGACGAAAAGCUGGGAAAACCAAAUAACGGCAAAACCAAAGUCCAUAAAAUUGAAAACGUCUGCAAAAGCUUAACCUUUUUGAAGACAAAGGUUCGUCUCGAAAAUAUUAGAGCCGUUGAUAUUGUUGAYGGAAAUGAACGAUUAAUUUUGGGUCUUCUCUGGACUAUAAUCUUAAGAUUUCAAAUACAGAGCAUUGAAAUACACGACGAAGAAAGCUCUGAGAAAAAGCACGCAAAAGAAGCGCUGCUGUUGUGGUGUCAAAGGAAAACCUCUGGUUAUCCGUUCGUUGAUAUUACAGAUUUUACACAAAGUUGGAGAUCAGGGAUGGCAUUCAAUGCCCUGAUUCACGCACACCGACCAGAUCUUGUCAAUUACCAGUCCUUAAACUCUCGUAAUCCCAUCGAAACACUUAACCUCGCCUUCGAUGUCGCCAAAAAUGAAUUGGGAAUCUUAAGACUCUUAGACGCUGAAGACGUGGAUACUGUAAAUCCAGACGAAAAGUCUAUAAUGACAUACGUCUCGUCAUAUUAUCAUACAUUUGCCAAAAUGAAUAGUGAGACCAAAAAAGGUMAAAGAAUAGUCAAUAUUGUCCAACAAUUUAUUGAUGUCAAUAGACAUCAACCAAACUAUGUAUCGUUUACAUCAAAUCUUCUCGAUUUGAUUCAAAACAAAAUUACUGAACUCGAAGGUAAAGCGUUGACUAAUACCAUGGAAUUAGAAGAACUUCAAUGCUAUUAUCAUUUCAUACAAGAUGUCGAUUCAGAAGAGGUAACUAUCAAUAAAUGGCAGCGAAUAUGUCAGGAGAUAAUUCAGUCAAAGAAUCUCUUGGAAGUCAUAUCAUUACAACAAAAACAUAGUGUUUUAGAGACUGAAAUAAAAUUACAUAAAACUCAAAUAAAUAAAGUCAUUGAUAAUGGAAACAAACUAUUAGAUAACAAACAUCCAGAAUCGGGUGAUAUUAAACUAAAAAUUGAUAUUUUGAUUAAACAAUGGGAACGACUACUACAACUAGUCGACCAAAGGAGUAAACAAUUAAUUGAUGUCAUGAAAGACAUUCAAUUUCAAACCGAUGCCAUUAUAGAUGGUAAUUCUGAGGUCAUCCAAAAAAGUCAGUCAACGGCAUCUGAAGUUAACAAUGAAACCAAUGAUUUAGUACUUUCACAAACACAUUCCCAACUGGAGAGUGAAGUUCAGGCGUAUGAAAAUGAUAUCAAACGACUAAAUAAAAUGAUUAAAACAGAAACGUCUUCGUUAUUAUCAGAAUUGUUGGAUACUUUAGAGCAUUUGCUCUUAGAAUCGGCCCAUAAAUUGGCCAAAAAUGAACCAAACGAUGAUAUCGAAAGACAAAUCACAAUAUUAGAGACACAAUGGAAACAAAUCUUAGAAAAUAUGGAAACCAAAGAACACAAGUUAGCGACAGUACAGGACAUCAAUAGAUCUAAUAAAGCUGUCGCUGAAGAUAGUCUUUCGCAAAUCCAACAAAAGUUUGCAGCAAUCAAAUCAAGAGAUUUCGAAAACAAUACAAAUUUAAUUGAAAAUCAAGAAAACGAAGAGUUAGAGAAUAAUUUGACAGAAAUCGAGACACAACUUCCUAUUCUUGUUAAUGAUUUUACAAAAGAGUUAGAAAAAUAUAUAGAUUUUGAAGAAAUGGGAAGUGAUAUAAAAAGUUGUAAAAAAUUGAUACAAAAGCACAGCGCUGUCGAAGUAGAGAUCGAUGUAAUCCAACAGAAAAUUCAAAAACUUGUCGAAACACAACAACUGACAGAUGAAAGACAUUUCGACGGAAAGAAAAUAAUAGAUUCGUGUCAUUCAGUGUUCAAUAGUUUGACAAAAAUGAAACCUAAAUUAGAUGAAAGAAAAGACAAUUUAUUGGCGUCUUUGAAGUUCUUUGAAUUUGAGUCUAAUCUCAAUGCAAAUCUUCAGUGGACUCAAGAACACAUUGAUUUAGCCAAAACAACAACAGUUGGACACAAUAUGACGGACGCACAGAAUAUAAUUAAGAAAUUCAUAAAAAAUAUCGAACAAGAAGUUGAUGGACACAAGAAACAAAUACAGAAAACAUUGACAAAAGGGCAACAAUUAAUCAGUGAUAAACAUUUUAAACACCAAUUAAUUGAUGAGAAAUGUCAAGAAUUGGAACAGAAAUGGCAGCGACUGAAGCAAUUAGUUGUCGAACGAAAGAAAUUAUUGGAAAUAUCGCUUACAAUACAACAACUAUUAUCUGAGACCAAUGAAGUCGAGUCGUGGAUCAAUGAAAAGUUCAAUAUUCUUAAUAGUAAUGACUACGGAAAAGAUGAGAACACGGCUAUUAAAUUGUUGACCAAACAAAAAGGUAUUGAACUCGAAGUUGACACCUAUUCGACAAUAAUUGUUGAAAUGAGUCGUCAGACAAAACAUAUUGUCGAUCAACUGAAGACAACUACUUUUUCCGAUUCUUUCAGUGAUGAAGAAUCACAAUCUGAAGCACAACAAAAACAAAGAGUUAACAAACACGAGAAUAUUCUUAAAGAUUUCGAGAAAAUCAUUGAAAAUCGUAUGCAAGACAUCGAUCAACAGUUGAAAAGUUUGCAAUUUGUGGCCAAUCAAAAGCGUCUCCGACUGAUUCAAUCAAAACAUUUUCACGAAUUCAUGAGAGAAUCCGAUCAUUUCUUGUCGUGGAUUUCCGAACAAAUGGUUAACGCCAUUAGCGAAGAUUUUGGCAAAGAUUUCGAACACUUACUGGUUCUUCAGUCAAAGUUCUUUGAUUUUAAACGCAAAAUAUUAGCAAACGAUGAAAGAUAUAAGUCUUUGUUAGAGUCGGGACAAAAGCUAAUCAAAACAGAACCAAACGAUAUAAUUGAAAGAAGAAUUGAAAAAAUACAAGAGUUUUGGAAUCAAUUAUUGGAGAACAUUGAGGCCAGAGAACAGAAGUUGUCGGCCGCACAACAAAUACAUCGAUUCAAUAGAGAUGUCGUUGAAGUGCUUACAGAAAUUCAACAGAAAUUGUCUACAAUUAACGAAAAUGAGUUUAAAGACUUGGAAGAUAUGGAAUCACUUAAAUAUAGAGACGAAUGUAUUGAAAAGGAAAGAAAUUAUAUUGAAAUUCAGAUAAAAAAUUUGUUAGAAAAUGAUAGACAAGAAUUGAUUAAAGAGUUUCCAAAUAUGACAAUUAAUUUUCAAAAUAAAAUCAGUGAAGUUCAGGAUAAUUGGCAGCAAUUAAGUAAAUUAUGUAAUAAUCAGAGAAAACACUUGUUUGACAAUUGUAUUCAAAAAUUUCUUGAAGAAGUCAAAGAAACUGACAUUUGGGCCAAUAAUCUCAUUAAUCACAGAAUGAAAGCAACACUUAAUAACUCAAAUACAAUAACUGAUGUCAGAAAUGAUUUACAACUUCACGACGACAUUAAAACUGAAAUAAUAGCCCGAAAAGACACUUUUCUGUCUCUUAAAGAGUUUGGACACAAACUUCUUCAACAAUUCAAUACUAGUGAUGAACAAAAUCAAAACCCAAAUAAAGAUUUAGUUAAAAAUGGUUUGAAAAAAUUAGAAGACUUGCGACGAUCUCUGGAUCAGGUGUGGGAAGAAAGGAAACACUACUUAACACAAUCACUUCAAUUGCAGUUAUUUAAUCAACUCUUGAAACAAUCAGAUGAUUGGCUUUCAACUGAAGAAAAAUUUCUUAAUAAUGAAGAUUUGGGCGAAUCAUUAGCCGGAGUCGAGUCAUUGAUAAGAAAAGACGAUAACUUUGAGAAGACAUUGCAAACACAACAAAGAAUUUCAGAAUUGGAUAAAUUUGCCAAUGAAUUGGUCCAAAACAAUCACUUUGACUCAGAAAACAUUUUGGCAAAGAGUCGGUCAGCCGUUUCACGAAAAGAUCGUUUGUUGGAAGUAUCAAAACAACGUCAAAAUAAAUUGAAUGAUUCAAAACUAUUUCAUCAAUUCUUGCGAAAUGUCAACGAAAUCGUCGGAUGGCUUAAUGAGAAACUUAAGGUAGCGAGUGAUGAGUCAUAUAGAGAUUCAAUCAAUUUAUUGUCUAAAAUCCAAAAACACGCGGCUUUUGAGGCAGAAUUAGCAGCUAAUAAAGGAAGAGUUGAUGGCGUUCUCACUGAAGGCGAAUCACUCAUUGGUUCCGGACAUUUCAUGAGUGAUGAAAUUCAAAGUCAUUUAACUCAUAUUGAAAAGUCGUGGCGUAAUCUCUUGGAUGAAAUCACUCUCAAGAAAGAGCGACUACAAGACGCUUAUCAGGCGCUUCAGUUUCACCGAAUGCUCGAUGAUCUCGAAUUUUGGAUGACUGACAUGGAAUCAGUUUUAGCCGAUGAAGAUCACGGAAAAGAUCUGAUUAGUUCACAGAAUAUUAUGAAAAAACAUCAACUCAUCGAAAAUGAUAUUAACAAUCACAGCGAAAACAUUGAACAAAUCAAAGACCUGACCACAGCUUUCAUACAAAACAAUCAUUUCAUGAAAGACGAGAUCGAAGAAAGGGUUAAUCAUGUGAUUCAAAGAUAUCAAGCUCUUCACAAACCGAUUAUAAUCAGACGCGAAACCCUUGAAGAGGUACUACUUUUGUUUCAAUUCAAACGCGAUGUCGACAAUGAGUUCAAUUGGACUAAAGAAAUGCAUUUGCAAUUAAUGGUCACCGAUUUGGGCAACAGUUUACUUGAUGUCCAAAAAGUUCACAAAAAGCAUCACUCACUCGAAGCAGAGAUUGCCGCUCGGGAACCACUGUUGACAACAAUCAUCAGUAAAGGACAUUCAUUGAUUCGAUCCCAACAUUUUGCUGCCAACGAAAUCGAGUCAUUAAUCAAUGAGCUUCAGAACAAAGUCCAGACCAUCAAAGAUGCCGCAGAUAUUCGUCGACUUCGACUCUCGGAUGCCAUUGAAUCGCAACAAUUAUAUUCAGAUGUAUUGGAAGCAGAAAAUUGGUGGUCAGAAAGGAUGUCAUUCCUCGAAAAUGAAGACUAUGGCAGAGAUGAAGAGACUGUGAUAUCACUCAUUAAAAAACUGGAACUAAUAAAACGCGAUUCCAAGCGUUAUGUGUCUACAAAUUUGUGGAUAAUUCACGAAAUGAGAAAUACUUUGAUUGAGAGAAACCAUUUCGAUAGUAAACUAAUUAUUCAAAUGAUAACAGAAUUGGACCAAAAAUUUAGUCAUUUGAAUGAUUUAUGUGAUAAAAAAUAUUUAAAAUUAUUGAGAAAUAAAAAGCAUUUUUCAUUCAUCAGAGAUGCAGACAAACUGUUUAUUUCGAUCAAAGAACAGAAAACAUUCAUCAGUUCUGAAGAUUAUAAUCAAAAAGAAGAAGAAGAUGUAAAAAAUAAAUAUUUUAUAAAAUCAUUGAAUAAAAUAGAAGAAGGAAUCGCUUCUUUACAAUCAAUAGUCGACGAAGAGAUACCAGAAAAUCAAGAGAAACUAAAUCAACUAUCGAUGGCUUUGAAUGAAUUGAAAGACUUAUCUGAGUCACGAUUGGACGCACUUAACAACUCUAAAGAAAUUCACACUUUUGAUAGAAGUAUUGACGCAACCAUUGCUACCAUUGAAAUGAAGGACUCGAGUACUUCUAUGGAUAUGUCAUACAAUCUUAACGAUCACAUGAAACCAAUUAAAGAAAUUGAUUUCAUUGAUGAUAAACAACACUCAAAUACAGUUUAUCAGAGUUUUAUCAAUGGUUCGGACAAUAAUCAUCAGAAAUACAAUACUAAUACAGCUUUCGAUAAAACAAAUCCCGAGUUAAUGAUAUCAAAUGAAGAAACGCCACUUCUUCCAGACAAUUGUAUGACUGAAUCUCUUAAACUAAAUAAUUUCAGUAAAAAUGAUUACCAAUCAAUCAGUCACUCAAAUAAAAAUCUAAUUAGUUUUAACAAAUUAAGUAAUUGUAAUAACAUUAAUAAUAACCAAAUCAUACAAUUAAAUAAUAAAAAAACUGAUGAAACUCUGACCAAUGGAAAUAUUGAUGAAACUGAUGACUUUACCGAUGGUUCAACACAUAUGAAUUCAUUGAUAUUACAAAAUGGACAGACAUUUGAUAUUAUCGAUAAUACUAAUAGACUUCAAAGUCAUUCAAAUGAAAAACUUAAUAAUAAUAAUAAUACCAACUCUGGGUUAAUAGUAUCGACUGAAAUGCCACUAAAUUCAGACAAUUGUGAGACUGAUUCUCUUAAAUUAAAUAAUGACAAUUCAAAUAUCAGUAACAAUGAUAAUCAAUCAAUCAGUCACUCAAAUAAAGAUAUACAAGUAAUAAGUUGUGACAAUUUAACUGGUGAUCACAUUAGUAACGACCAAAUCAUACAAUUAAUUAACAAACAAACUAUUAUUGAGGARAUGUCACCAACAGUUGACACCAUUAAUCAAAAAACUGGUAGAAAGUGUUUGGAUGACAAUAAUAUCAUAAAUGAUAGCAAUUUGUUGUCAAAUAAUAAAUUAGUGGUAAUCAAUGAUGAGAUAAAACCAAUUAUUUUAAGCCAUUUAGAUAAUAAGUUAGACAACAAUGGUGUUGAGUAUCAUCAAGAUAUCAACCAAUGCAAUGAAACUGAACAAAAUGAUGUCAUAUGUCAAGAGUGUAUUGAUAGGGAUCAAGUGACUCAAUUGAUUACUGAAGACUCUAUACACACUAAAACCAAUGUACAUGAAGAGCCCAUUAAAAUGCAAAUAAUUGAUGAAAAGAUUUUACCGAAAUAUUGUUUGAAUAAUGAAAAAUUGGAAAAUGCUUUCAAAGAAAAUUUGGUCACAGAUUCAAUGAUUACAACUGUUAUGCGAAGAAAUCGUAAGAGAAGAAAAUGUGAGAAAAAUAUAGAAAAAUUGCCAGAAUUUAUGGCACAGAAUAGCRACGAAAAUAGAAAAUCUCGUAAAUUAACUGAAGAAGACUUGGAAGCAAUCAAACGAUUUUCAUUUACUGAUGAAACACUAUGUGAUCAGUUCUGGACCGAUGAAACACUUUUAGCUGAUUCUGUGACUAACAAUAUAGAUAUCAAUGAUAGUAUAGAUAAUCGGCAAAAAAUAUCAACAUUGAAUUCAAAUAAAUUGAAUGACAACUAUUUGGAUAAUAAACUAAAAUAUCGUUUUAAUGAUGUGACAGAUCUAUCAAAUAAUAACUAUUUAAACAAAUAUAUUAUUGAUAAACUUCAAAAUCAUAUCAAUAGUGUCACCGAUAAUGAUGUUGAUUAUCGUCGCAUUUCCAAUGAAUGGACAGAUGAAAUAUUACUGGUCGAUGAGUUUAAYGACAGUACCAUAACUGAUGACACUUUGACGAUAGCAAUAUCGACUGAAAUGCCACUAAAUUCAGACAAUUGUGAGACUGAUUCUCUUAAAUUAAAUAAUGACAAUUCAAAUAUCAGUAACAAUGAUAAUCAAUCAAUCAGUCACUCAAAUAAAGAUAUACAAGUAGUAAGUUGUGACAAUUUAACUGGUGAUCACAUUAGUAACGACCAAAUCAUACAAUUAAUUAACAAACAAACUAUUAUUGCGGAAAUGUCACCAACAGUUGACACCAUUAAUCAAGAAACUGAUAAAAAAUGUUUGGAUGACAAUAAUAGCAUAAAUGAUAGCAAUUUGUUGUCAAAUAAUCAAUUAAUGGUAAUCAAUGAUGAGAUAAACCCAAUUAUUCUCACAUCAGAUAAUUAUUUGGAUAUAAAAGACAAUAACAAUCAAUUAAAUGAAGAAUUUAUUUUCAAUGAUAAUCUAGAAUUAAACAAUGAUAAUUUAGAGUUUACAAUUGAAAACAAUCAAAAUAUAAGUCCCGAUUCGGGUAAUAGCGACUUAAUUGAUUCCGAUAAUUAUGAACCAACAAACUUAAGCUAUUUAGAUGAUGAUUUGGAUGACAACGAUGAUGAUGAUGAUUGUCGUCAAGAUAUCAAUGAAUGUGAUAAAAAUAAACAAUGCGAUAUCAUAUGCCAAGAAUGUGUGGACACGGAUCAAGUAAAUGAUCUAAUUAGUAAUGAUAUUGACAACAAUCACAUAUCAGUUAAUAAUAUCCAUGAAAGUCAACUUAACGUUAAUUUAAAUUAUGAAAUUGAUAUUCAAAACCAACAGAAAUCUAUUGAUAAUAGUGUAUCUAUUGAUAAAAUAAUUUCGACAUUAGAUGACACAAUCGACUUAAAAUACAAAAUCUUAAAAUCUGAAUCCAUUAAAUUGGUUGACAAUUCUAUAAAUGAUAUUAAAUUAGAUAAUAAUGAUAACAACGAAAGUGUAGUCAAAACUAAUUUUACAAAUAAUAAGAUAUUAGAGAAUAAAACUAUUGAAGCGAUCAAUACUGAAAUAAAAUCACAAUUAAAAGAAAAUAUUAGAUUACCUGAAGAAAUAGGUGGAUCUCAAUGUAAUUACAAAAAUGAAUUACAGUUAACACAUGAAUCUAUUAAAUCUAUGGCUAAUUCUAAUGAAAAUAACAAUGAAUUAAAUUUAAGUGUAAAACAAAAUAAUGAUAUAACAAAUAAAUUAGUUAUUACAUUAAAUGAUGAAAAUAAUGACAAUAAUAAUAUAAUGGAUGAAAUAAGAGAUAAUCAGAAUUUAAUUUCAGAUACAAUGCAAACAAAUAUUAAAAGAAAAAAUCGAAAAAAGAAAAGAAAACGAGUGAAGAAUAUACAAGAAUUUCCUGAACUCGAGACACAGAUUAUGACAGAUAAUAAUGAAUUAAUGGUUAAUAAUAACAUCGAAGAUGAAGAAGAAAAUCACUUAAAUGAGACAUUAAUUUGUGACAAUUACUGUAAUGAGUCGUUAAAUAUUGAUAAUCAAUAUAAUAACAAUAACUUUAGUGAUAAUUGUAACGACAAUGAUAUUCAAUCAAAUGGUAACAAUCAAGUGAUGGCUAAACAUAUUUUACAAGAAUAUCAGCCGACAAGUGAAGAAAAUAACGAAAAUAUCGAUUCCGAUAAAAGCGACCAAAAUUUUUCAGAUAAUUACAAUAAAACUCAAUUUUUGAAUACAAAAGAUAAUGAAAUUGAAAUAAAUGACAAUAAAUGUAUAGAUAUUGAUAAUCAACAAGAAAUAGAAGACGAGGACAAAGAUUUGGAUCAAAUUAAUAGACUCUCCAAUCAAGACAAUGUAUAUGACGCUGACUUAUCCGAUAACACCAACAUUGGCCACGAAAGUGAUAAUGAAAACAAUCAAUUGUUGGAUGAAAUACGAGCUAAAUUUGGACCAAUUUUUGAAAGAAAUAACACAAACACUAAUGACAAGAAUCUAAUAUCUAUACGAUUGAAUCAAUUGCUAGAAAUUGUGACUCAACUUAACAAUGAUUAUGAUGUUAAGCAAACAGAUUUGAUUACAAAAAAUAAAGUAAAGAUUUUAUGUCAAAAGGAAAUCAAAAGAUUAAGAGAUAAAUUGCUUAAAUUACGAAGUGAGUCACCGGAACUAAUGGACAGUACAACUAAUAGCAUUGAGAGACCGUCGACAUCGUCUAAACGAAACCUAUUUGGAUACGUGAGUCGUGUAAUGAAAGCCUCUCUACCGGUUCAGGCGCUUAUGUUUCUGCUAUUAGGCGCCGCAUCACUCGUUCCCACCGUUGAUGAAGACUAUAGUUGUCUACUAAUGAAUAAUUUUAUGCAAUCAUUUCAACCGAUGCUCGACUAUCCCAAUGGUCCGCCACCGAUAUAGUGGAGGCGGACGAGUAGGAGGUAGUUAGUCAUCAAAACUAAAGUACAGGUGCUUUGAGAAAGA